AUGAGUGGCGCCGAUGUUGCAGCAGAGGCUGCCGACGUCACCACUAGUACGCAGGGCAGAGUUGACAACCUGGAGAGCAAAGUUUCAGGCCUGCCGGACGAGGUACAGCAGCUGGCUGGGCUGCUUCGAUCCGCCCUCGGAAAGUUAGAGAAGGAGGGGGAGUCCGGCGGCGCUGGGGUGGGCGCUGUCGUUACGGGCGAUGCGCCCACCCGCGGUACCCAGGAGGGGGCACCGCAAAACGAGGGAAUCACGCCACCCUCAGACCCGGCGGUUGGGCCGGGUGGCGGACGUGACAGGGGAUCGCUCCCCCAAGGUGAGACAACCGAGACAUAUGGCGGCGGUACCGGUGGUUUUGGCGGAUUCGUCGGAGAAGGAGAUGGUUUUCACCAGAACCCGUAUAGCAAAAUGCGUGUGUCAGUGCACGCGCCGCGUCUCGAAGGCGGCCAGGGAUAUUGCUCGUGGAGGAGGGCCUUUAUCCAGGCUGCUAAAACAGUAGACAUGGACGGCCAGUUCGUAGGGGCCACGGAACCCCAGCCGGACGUCGGGGACAUGAACAAACCCAAAGCUACGUUGCUGGCAGAGGGGUACUCCGAGGCGCAGAUCCACCGCAGCCUCCAAGCUUUCCACUUUCUGUCCUCGGCCCUGGUGAGGGAGCCAGACAAGGCCGUCUUCGGGAGAUGUGUGACGCCGAAGCAGGCGUUGGAUGAACUCGACAAGGUGCACAACCCGGAAUCGCAGGUAGCCACACAGGAGUUGCUCAGCAAGUUUCAGAACUUCGCAAUGCCGGCCGACAAAAACCCGACUGAAUCGCUUAUCGCCAUGGAGCAACUCGCAAGUCGUCUGAACGAGAGAGGGGUCAAGGUCGAGGCUUCUUUCGUGCUGUCGCUCUUCCUUUCGGCCCUACCGGCCGAGUACGACCAUGCCAAACUGACUCUGCAGUCCGCACCGACUCUGGACCGGGGAGAGGUCAUCAGAGUGGGAUUACUCGUGAGCGCCGACAAUGGCAGCGGCGGAAAAGCUGGUCGCAACCGCGGCCGCGGGGGACGCGGCGGUGGCGGAAACGGCGAAAAUGGCGGCAGCGGCAACGGCAACGGCAACGGCGGUGGAGACGGCAGCAGCUACGGCGGCCGUCGUAGGGGCCGGUGCUACCGGUGCAAGAGGCGAGGGCACCAGUCGUUCUCGUGCACUACCCCCAUCGCCGACUUCAUGACCCAGUGCGAGAACUGCGACGGGUAUGGACACGAUAAGAGCAAGUGCCCGUCGGCGAAGGACGAGGAGGAGGCGAAGGGCGAGACGGCGGUCAUGGCGGUUGCGGUGGCGAGCGAUGACGAGGAGCUGGAUGUGGCACGUGAGGCCUUGUAAGAAGAAGCGGGGGAAAGACACAAUAUCCGCGCUGGUCACUACGCGCGCACCAUCCACACACAGCAGCAGCAGGAGAUGAUGAAGAUUGCACCAUUGCAACAGCGUGGAAGGGCGGAGACACAGAAAACCGGCGGCAAGGCUGUGUGCCCCAUGGCCGCGACGGGAGGGGCGUGGGGGGGGCAAUAUUGAGAAGGAUACGGCGAGAUGGCCGUGCGCCCAUAGCCGCGACGGGAGUGGCGUGGGGGGGCAACAUUCAGAGAACACGGCGGUAGGGCCGUGUGCCCACAGCCGCGACGGGAGGGGCGCGGGAGGGCAACAACUAAAGAACACGGCGGUAGGGCCGUGUGCUCGCAGCCGCGACGGGAGGGGCGCGGGAGGGCAACAACCAAAUAAAACGGCGGGAGGGCCGUGUGCUCGCAGCUGCGACGGGAGGGGCGCGGGAGGGCGACAAUCAAUGCAGCCCCAUAGCGCGUCGGGAGGGCGUGGGGGGGAGGCAAACAUUAGCCCCAUGGCGCGUCGGACGGCGCGUGAGGGGGAGAGAAAAUCGAAGCAGUCCCGUGGCGCAUCGGAAGGGGCGAGAGCGGGAACCCCGCGGCACGUCGGAAGGCGCGUGGGGGUAGGGUACUUGCAUCGUGGUGCUAAAACGGGAACUCCUUUUGUGGCGAGGCUACAGGCCGGGACGAGCGCUGGGAGGGGAGGCACACGCAUCACAGCGCUGGAUUGUGGCAAUUCUUUCUUGACGGUAUUUGGUGUUUGAUGGUAUUCGUAGCGAAGUUGGUAAAUCCUCGUGAGUUGUCAUGACUGUACUUUGGUUGAAGAGCCAGGGAGGGUGUUCCGUGUUUCUCGUAGGCGUUCGCGUCCACAUGUUCAGUAUUUCCUGAUAGUCAUUCGGUUGAGACCCUCAUUGAUUGCGGCUACGUGGUGCCGUUCUCUAGGUUGCGCAAUGUGCAGGAAUAUGGGAUACCGUUGGAACCGCUGAAGGAGCGUAGGAGGAAAAAUUGGGACACCAGUGUUGUACUCCACGAGAGUAGAGGAUUGCCGAAAAAUGCAUGCCGGUUAUGUGUCGCUCAGAAAAUGUUGGAUGAUUGCCUUCCGCCCCGGUGCGCUGUAUUUCAUCAGCGAGGGGGGGCGAUUUCGAUGUUUGUCUGAUGUUUGUUUGAAGAACAAUCAGUAGUGCAGCCGCAUUGUAGUUGUUUGAACCAACUCCUCAGGAUAGUCUUGCACUUUUACUGCUUGCCAAGCGUUGGGAUAGGGCGUUUGAUGGAACGGUGAAUAUUGGUUGGGGUUUUGACCCGGAGGCCGGGUUUCCCCCUGUUGGUAUUUUUCGUUGGUUUUUUGUCCGUUUGAUUUUUUGGUCACAUCCGGCGUGUGAAUGCCCACUAAGUGGUUAGUUUCUAUCGAAAAGAACCAGGGAG